UCAUUGCAAUUGCGACUGAUUCCUGGAAACUCUGAAUGCACGAUCCCAAACGACCUCGGCAUUCCUCCGUAUCGUCUUCGCUGACAAGAGUCGAAUCCAUCACAAGCUGCCAAACCGAAACUGAUCCAUUACUUCCUUUCAAACGCCGGUGUCCGAGCGACCGGAUAACAUGGCGCCAUUGGGCUCUACUUUUUUUUGCAUGCUCGUUCUUAUUCGGUAAUUACUUUUGCUAUGAGCUUCCAUCGGCUCUCAACCUGCAACUUCACGAACGAAUGGGAUCGUCGUACGAGACUUGGCAGUACCAGCUCAACAUGCUUUUCACCGCCGUCAGUACCCCGAAUAUUAUAUGUCCACUCUUGUCUGGGAUCGGCAUCGAUAGACUCGGCACAAAUACCAUGCUUAUCUCGUUGACGACCAUUCUCUGCACUGGUCAAGCCAUCUUUGCCUUGGGGGUUACCACGAGGUCAUUUUGGCUAAUGGUGGCUGGUCGUGUCUUGUUUGGUAUUGGAGGUGGAUCGCUGGAGGUGUGUCAAGGUAAAAUAACCACAGACUGGUUCAGAGGAAGAGCAUUGGCCUUUGCUAUGGCCUUAACCUUAACAUUUGGCAGAAUUGCUACGGCACUCAAUUACAAUUUAUCGCCAUGGCUAGAUGAACGCUUUUCAGAGGAUUGGGUUUGUUGGUUCGGUUUUGCAUUGUGUUUGUUGAGCGCCGGAGCAACUGUUAUCACCAUGAUAUUGGAUUCACCGCAAUCGAGAGCCAAAGCUGGCAUAGUCGAAUCCGACGCCACAAGUACCAAGAAACAUAUCAUGAACGACAGCGGUAUGCCUGAUGAUUUGUUGUUAGACGACGAUAGCGAAUCCAUAUUUAGCGAAGAUGAGAAUAUGAACUUGGCGCACUUGGCGAAAUUCAGCCCCUCCUUCUGGCUACUCAAUAUCAUUUUGUUGGCGCUAUAUGGCGCCGUCCAACCCUUCAACCAUAUCUCUUCGGAUUUCCUUCAAACCAAAUGGUAUCCUGGAAAUGCUCAAGCUGCUGGUGCAGUCCAGUCCAUACCGGAUACAAUGUCCGCUUUUCUGAGCCCAGCCCUAGGCUACAUGACGGAUCGUAUGGGACACCGGGGACACCAGCUUUUAAUCUCUGGAGCUGUCAUAUCGAUAGCUCAUCUCACCCUCGGCUUCACCUACAUUACACCGAUUGUACCCUUGUUCUUCCUAGGCAUAUUUUAUGCUUCAUUUGGAAGUGCUCUUUGGCCUUCUUUCGCCCUUGUCGUCGAGCACUAUCAUUUAGGUACCGCUUACGGCAUAGCCACCGCAGCUCUCAACAUUGGAUUAUCCGUGGUGCCGAUCAUUGUUGGGAGGAUUAGAGCGAUAAGUACCUUCGCACAUGUUGAAUUGUUUUUUGCCGUCAUGGCAGGAGCUGGUACUUUAGCCUCUGUGGCGUUGUUGGUUGUAGGUUCGCAAGAAGGCUCACCUUUAGAAAAGGUCCAUGUCGACGAACAGCUUAUCAAUUCGCCCAAAGAUGGAGGUUUAACCACUCGAUGGGUCACAGAAGGCCAUCAUGCUAUUGUGCCACACAGAUAUUCGACCACCUCUUGGGUCGAUGACACCGGUGCUAUCCAUCACGUUAUUGGAGCGGCUGGCGCCAGCAUCAACAUCCCACCUCCCAGUGACGUUUCACUGAUCUAAACGCGGGACAAGUAUACCAUCGCUGCAUCUAGCGUGUCAUUCCUUGUAAUCUACUCCCCAUAUAUAUAUGCCUGUACAUGCCACGUUUUACAAAUUGAUUGUUUGAAUGCAUUAUACCUUUGCAUACACUGGACUUAUAUUUUAUCUUGCAAUAGUAUAAUGUAAACAUCUUCCAUCACAUAUAGCUUUUUACAAUCCAGAUGUUUUAACAUAUCGUUUUGAUUUUAUUUUACGCUAUUCUCUCGAGUAAAAAGAAUUCUUUUUUUUUUUUAUAAUAAAACAAACAUCCCAUCAG